AUGAAUGGUAGUAGUGCAGCAGGUAAGGUUGUGUGUGUGACAGGUGCUUCAGGUUACAUUGCUUCAUGGCUUGUUAAGUUUCUUCUCCAACGUGGUUACACCGUUAGAGCCACGGUUCGUAAUAUAGAUAAUCCAAAUAAGGUUGGUCACUUGCUUAAACUUGAUGGUGCAAAGGAAAGGUUACAACUCUUUAAGGCUGAUCUACUAGAAGAAGGUUCCUUUGAUUCUGCUAUUCAAGGUUGUCAUGGUGUCUUUCAUACUGCUUCACCGGUUCAAUUCGUUGUUGAUGACCCUCAGACACAAUUAAUUGUUCCUGCUGUGAAGGGAACUCUUAAUGUUUUGAAGUCAUGUGCAAAAUCGGCAUCAGUUAAACGAGUUGUUUUAACUUCUUCUAUUGCCACAGCUUUAUACAACGGAAAGCCUCGAACACCAGAAGUUGUAGUUGAUGAGACAUGGUUUUCGAAUCCAGAAUUCUUAUUCGAAAAUAAGAUUGGUAUCAAUUUGCUAAGACUUCAGCAGAGGAAGCUGCAAACAAAUUUCUAA